CCGCUACCAUCUCCACCACACGGCCACAAUCUCUGACCCUCGCUCCUCCCCCCACCGCAACCAAGGAAGGAGGCGGUGGAGACGGCAGGAGCCGACUAGUGCCGCGUACAGCCUGCUUGCAGCGACGCCUCAUCGGAUGCUCCCGUCUCCGAUACCAAAUAGUUCGGUGGUUGCGGCGGCGGUCUAGGUGUGCUCGCGGGAGUCGUUGGCCCCGUCCCGGAGUGACGCAGAGCACAUGGCCGAGGCCCUCCUCCACCACCUCCCCCGCCGCUUCGGUGCUUCCACCACCGCCUCCUCGUCGCCGCCCUCCCACGGGGUCCUCUCACCCGCCCCGCGCGCCGACCUGCGGGUCACGCGCUUGGCGGCUGCCGCCCCGCCUGGGCGGCCACGCCGGCUCAUGGCGCAUGCCGCAGUGCGUUCAGAGGCUGGUGAGCAACCUAAAUGGUGGGAAAAGAAUGCUGGUGCAAAUAUGAUUGACAUACACUCCACACAGGAGUUUUUGGAUGCACUAAGGGAUGCAGGCGACAGGCUUGUUAUUGUAGAGUUUUAUGGAACUUGGUGUGGUUCUUGCCGGGCACUCUUCCCAAGGCUGUGCAGGACAGCCACGGAUAAUCCUAAUAUCGUGUUCCUGAAAGUAAAUUUCGAUGAAAACAAACCUAUGUGUAAACGACUGAAUGUGAAGGUCCUCCCUUUCUUCCAUUUUUAUCGCGGAGCCGAUGGGCAACUGGAGGCGUUCUCAUGUUCCUUAGCUAAGUUUCAGAAGCUGAAGGAUGCCAUUGCCGUUCACAACACCGAUCGCUGCAGCAUUGGUCCACCUGUCGGAGUUGGGGAUGUGCUUGAUAGCUCGAGCUCCCAGGAGAAACCUGCAGAAGCUGCAAGCUAGCCCUCCUUAGAAAUCAUCUGUUUCUUUGUCCGACUCAUUUUUUUGCCCCACUGUAAUCAGCUCAGGACAAUCUUCAGUUUUCCUGUAUAGAGGGGGUUCACGUACGCAUCAGGUGUUGUGAGGAUUACUGUUUUACUCUCAGGGAAGGAAGUAUCAUAUAUAGCGUGUCAA